CCAAGUCCCUCCCAUUUGAAGUCUGGAUAGUGGUCGAAUCUAGUCUGCAGCUGGAUAUCUCAAUAAUAUCCUCGAUUCUUGUGGUGUUUUUAAGAAAAUACUAAUUUGAGAUGUUCUCCAAAAUGACUGAACUCCUCGUAGGUUAGGAAGGAUAUUGAGAAGCAACCGCUAUUUUGGAGCUAUGGAGUGACUUCAGUUACUAACGGAAGUGAAACGAACCACAUCGAGCGAUUCGACAUUGCCUGUAAAAUGAGCCUCGAUUCGAAGAGAAAGAGGGAUGAUGUUCAGACAGAUGAAGCUGCAUCUUUGGGGUCCAGCUGUGUGUCUGAGAGAAGUGUUGAAUCCCUCCCACAGCCUCACAAUUUCAGUCUAACAACACCAUCUCCAGAAACCAAGCUUACCACAGUGACAGUGACCCCAGAUCUGUUGACAGGAUCUCCAGAAUCCAGCUGUGUGUCUAUAAGAAGUGCUGAAUCCAUCCCACAGCCUCCUAAUUUCAAUAUAAGAACACCAUCUCGAGAAUCCAGCUCUGUGUCUAUGAGAAGUGCUGAAUCCAUCCCACAACCUCCUAAUUUUAAUCUGAUAACACCAUCUCGAGAAUCCAGCUGUGUGUCUAUGAGAAGUGCUGAAUCCAUCCCACAGCCUCCUAAUUUUAAUCUGAUAACACCAUCUCGAGAAUCCAGCUGUGUGUCUAUGAGAAGUGCUGAAUCCAUCCCACAGCCUCCUAAUUUUAAUCUGAUAACACCAUCUCGAGAAUCCAGCUGUGUGUCUAUGAGAAGUGCUGAAUCCAUCCCACAGCCUCCUAAUUUUAAUCUGAUAACACCAUCUCGAGAAUCCAGCUGUGUGUCUAUGAGAAGUGCUGAAUCCAUCCCACAGCCUCCUAAUUUCAAUAUAAAGACACCAUCUCGAGAAUCCAGCUGUGUGUCUAUGAGAAGUGCUGAAUCCAUCCCACAGCCUCCUAAUUUCAAUAUAAGGACACCAUCUCGAGAAUCCAGCUGUGUGUCUAUGAGAAGUGCUGAAUCCAUCCCACAGCCUCCUAAUUUCAAUCUGACAACACCAUCUCGAGAAUCCAAUACUAACAAAACACAGAGAACAAUGAGUCCUGGACUGAAGAGAGAUGCUGCUGUCAGAUCAGUGACUGACCAACACAAAUCAUCCAUGAAGGACAAAUACGAGUUAUUUGAGGGAAUCAAUCUAGCAGAGAAUCAAACACUCCUGAACAGCAUCUACACACAGCUCUACAUCAUAGAGGGAGAGAGUGAAGGAGUGAAUGAAGAACAUGAGGUUUUACAGAUGGAGAGAACAGCCCGAACACAAGACACUCCAAUCUACUGCAAUGACAUAUUUAAACCCUUACAAGAACCAGAACAUGAGGAGAAAGAUCAGAUCAAGACUGUUCUCACUAAAGGCAUCGCUGGAAUUGGAAAAACCGUCUCUGUGCAGAAGUUUAUUCUAGACUGGAGUGAAGGAAAAGCCAAUCAGGAUGUAGAUUUCAUGUUUGUGCUUCCAUUUCGAGAGCUGAACUUGAUUAAAGAUCAUCAGUACAGUCUUCACACACUUCUGCUGGACUUUCAUCCUGAACUUGAAGAUCUGGACUCAGAGAUGUAUGAGGAGUGUAAAGUCGUGUUCAUCUUUGAUGGUCUGGAUGAAAGCAGAAUCACACUAAAGUUUUCAGACAUUGAGAGAGUUAGUGAUGUGAAUGAGUCUUCAUCAGUGGCUGUGUUGAUGUCAAACCUCAUCAGAGGAGAUCUGCUUCCCUCUGCUCUCAUCUGGAUCACCUCCAGACCAGCAGCAGCCAAUCAGAUCCCUUCAAAAUACAUCAACCGUCUGACAGAAAUUCAGGGAUUCAAUGAUUCUCAGAAGGAGGAAUAUUUCAGGAAGAGAAUCAGCGAUGAGCAUCAAGCCAACAGAAUCAUCUCCCAAAUCAGAAGAUCCAGAAGCCUCCACAUCAUGUGUCACAUACCCGUCUUCUGCUGGAUCUCAGCCACUGUGCUUCAGAAGCUCCUGAAUGAAGAUGACAGAGCAGAAAUCCCUCAAACUCUGACUGAAAUGUACAUCCACUUCCUGCUGACUCAGAUCAACAUGAGGAACCUGAAGUAUGAAGAGAGAGAUCCAGAGAAUCUCCUGGAGUCCAGCAGAGAGAUGAUCGUGAAACUCGCUAAACUGGCUUUCAAACAGCUGAUGAAGGGCAAUGUGAUGUUCUAUGAAGAGGACCUGAUUAGGAGCGGCAUAGACGUCACUGAUGCCUCAGUGUAUUCUGGGAUUUGCACUGAGAUCUUUAAAGUGGAACUUGUGAUACAUCAGAGGAAAGUCUACAGCUUCAUUCAUCUGAGCUUUCAGGAGUUUCUCGCUGCUUUCUUUGUGUUUUACUGCCAUGUAGUCAAGAAUGAGAGGGCGCUGAAGUUGUUAUUUGGCCCCAAUAUCCGUUCAAUCCUAGAACAAUGUAGAUGUGUUUUUGGAUUACAUUGGGAUGGUCCUGAAAUGCAUUUGUCUAAUCUUCUAAAUGAAGCAGUUCUUGAAUCUUUAAAGAGUGAAAAUGGACACCUGGAUCUUUUCCUGCGGUUUUUGCUGGGUGUCUCGCUGGAGUCCAAUCAGAAUCUCUUACAGGGUCUACUACCACACACAGAGAGCUCCUUAGAAAGCAUUAAGAGGAUCACACAGUUCAUCAAAGAUAAAAUUAAGGGCAAACAGCCUUUUGGUUCUUCAUCUACUAGUUUAGGACUGCUUUCAUGUGAUAUGGUAAAGCCAAACAAUUUGAGUGUUUCUGCUGAAAGAUCCAUUAAUCUCUUCCUUUGUCUGCUGGAAAUGAAGGAUCAGACUCCACACAGAGAUAUUCAAGAAUUUAUGAAAUCAGAGCAUUUCUCCGUUAGUCCGCUCACUUCCUCUCACUGCUCGGCAAUCGCCUACAUUCUUCAGAUAUCAGAGGAGGUGCUGGAUGAGUUUGAUCUGAAGAGAUACAAAACAUCAGAUGAGGGCAGAUGGAGACUGAUACCAGCUGUGGUGAACUGCAGGAAAGCUCUACUUGACUGCUGUAAUCUCACUGGUCAGUGCUGUGAAAGUCUGUCUUCCUCUCUACAAUCAUCAAAUUCACUGAGAGAGCUGGACCUCAGUCACAAUGACCUGCAGGAUUCAGGAGUGAAACUGCUCUCUGAUGGACUGAAGAGUUCACAAUGUCAGCUUGAGAUACUGAAACUUGCUGACUGUAAUCUCACUGGUCAGUGCUGUGAAAGUUUGUCUUCAUUGCUACAAUCAUCAAACUCACUGAGAGAACUUGUCCUGAGUCUCAAUGACCUGCAGGAUUCAGGAGUGAAGCUGCUCUCUGAUGGACUGAAGAGUUCACAUUGUCAUCUGGAGAUACUGAGGUUAUCUGGCUGUAUGGUGACAGAGGAAGGCUGUUGUUUUCUGGCUUCAGCUCUGAGAUUAAACCCCUCACACCUGAGAGAGCUGGAUCUGAGCUACAAUAACCCAGGACAAUCAUUAGUGGAGCUAAUCUCUGAUAAAAACUACAGACUGACCACACUCAAUGUGGACCAUGGAGGAAAGAUCAAGGCAGGACCACAGAAAUAUGCGUGUGAUCUCACAGUGGAUUUAAACACGGUCAGCCCUUAUCUCGCUCUGUCAGAGGGGAACAGAAAGAUUACACGUGCGCGAGAAGAGCAACCAUAUCCUGAUCAUCCAGAGAGAUUUGAUGAGUACAAUCCUCAGGUUCUGUGUAAAGAAAGUCUGACUGGACGCUGUUACUGGGAGGUUGAGUUGAGUGGUGGGGAGACCUACAUAUCAGUGGCAUAUAAAGAAAUCAGCAGGAAAGGAUGGAAAAAAGAAUGCUGGAUGGGAUUAAAUAACAUGUCUUGGAUUCUAAACUGCUUUAAUAAGACAGUCUAUGUCAGACACCAUGAUAAGUUUGAAUUAUUAAGUGAAUUUACCUGUCCCAUUAACAGAGUAGGAGUGUUUCUGGACUGGCCUGCUGGCACUCUGUCCUUUUACAGCGUCUCUGACACAGACACACUCACACUUCUACACACAUUCAAAACCACAUUCACUGAGCAAGUCCAUGCUGGAUUUAGGAUUGGCUGGGACUCAUCAGUGUCUCUGUGUGAUUUAUAAUCCACUUUCAUCAGACAGAUCUGAGAGACUGGCUGUAAAUACAACUAUGCUUGUUACAUGUUCAGGAAUGCUGUGGGUUAUUCUGGACUCCCAUCCUAUUGACUUUAUUUUUUACAUACAAGCAGGUGCACUUCUAUUGAUUUUUAGAUGUUAAAAACAGCUAGUUGUGCUGCUUGAUGUUGCAAAUCGAUAUUUUCUUAUUAUAUUAUUCUACUUUUUAUGUACAGUCAUGAACACACUUGUUUGUAGAGCAAAUAUAUUCACUGUUUAUUAUUCCUAGUCAUAGGCAACAGAAUCGGAUGUUAUAAAACAUCGCAAAAACCAGCGCACUUCCGCAUUACAGUAUAAGGUUGAUAUGUUUCAUAUAUGCAAAAAUAUUGAAUGGUUAUAUUCCAUUCAAUACAUUUUUAAUUAACGUGUGAACACCAGAGCGUUUAGAGUUAUCAGCUUCAAACUUCAAGACUCUUUUUCUAAAAAUGUCCAGCUGGUGGUGCUUGAAUGCUUUAAGGUGCAGCGUGUAAGUUUGACACCCAGUGGUUGAACUAGGUAUUGCACCCCUGGUUCAAAACACAUGCAAGAGCAGGUUCCUAGAUUGACGAUACCAACAAAGGCUGAUUUAAAUCGUGUUCUAUAUAAAAGCAACGGCUUGCGAUA